AUGACAGCCAUCCCAAACCUCAGAGCAACGCUCCGCACUCUCCCCGUCCUCCAAUCCCCAUCCACCAAAGCCAUCGACCUCAACGACUUUCCCUCAACCCCAGAAGAAGCCUUCAUAGCCUGGUUAAACGAAGCCAUUUUAGCCGGAACUCAAGAACCACACGCCAUGACCCUCUCAACAGUCGACCAACAUGGCUGCCCAGAUGCCCGUGUACUCAGCCUCAAGGACGUCGACAGUCGUGGCUGGCAUUUCGCUGUGAAUGGACACAGUCCCAAGGCCGAACAACUUGAUCUAAACCAGAACGUUGCCCUAACUUUUCACUGGCGUGAGGUUGGGCGGCAAAUCCGCAUCCGCGGAAAGGCUGCGCUGUUGUCCGAGGAGGAAUGUAGGAGGGAUUUUCAAGAGAGGCCAGUUAGAUCUAAGGUUGCUAUGCUAGCUUCGAAACAAAGUCAGAGGCUUGAGAGUCGCGGGGAGCUCGAUGCUCGGGUGCUGGAGGUGGAGGAGGGGCUUUUGGAGGGAGCGGACUUGGGUUUGAUGGGCGAGUCUGCCUUGAGGGUGUAUGCAGUCAAACCUAGCAUGGUGGAGUUUUGGCAGGGGUCGCGAGAUCGACUUCAUAGAAGAAUACGUUUUAUUACUAAUGGGGAUCGUGAUGCCUGGGUGAAGGAGCUACUGUGGCCUUAG